AUGCGUCUCUUCUAUCUGCUGCUCAUUCUUCUUGCCUUGCUUGGUGUCCAGGCUGCGAAGUCUCGAAACAAAGCCGGGAGCAAAGCUGGAAGCAAAGGCGGCAGCAAAGGCGGGGGCAAAGCUGGGAACUUCAACAGAGAGCUGAUCAACUUUAACCAGGCCAGUCUGGGGAAUCUGGCGGCGCUCGACAUGAUGGUCUUUGCAUCGACUCGGUACAAUCGUGCACAUGUCGCCUUCAAAGGCGUCCACGAUGUUGAAGGUGCGGCCGGUAAUUUUUACGCCUGGCACGAGAGCUUUGGCCGCAAGAAAGGGUUCGAACCCAUGUUGAAAAUCAGUACGUAUGGCCACCGCAAUAACGGUCGUCCAUCCAGCGAAUGGUACGAGAAGAGCUUUGUUGGGAAAGCACAAUCGCCGCAAUUGCCUCGCCUCGAUAGCAUGAAGGUGGACACUGGCGUUCUUUAUGAUGUUUAUCAGACCGCGCCCAUUAGUCUGGACGACCACAGAGCCCUCAGUAACCAUAUAUUUACGUAUCAUGGCAGCGUCGGCUUUGUAUACGUGCAAAGCAACUACAUCCAACCUGGGAUUGAUGACCCUGCAAAAGUGGACAAGUAUCUCAAGUCGCUCGAGAGCAUCUACGAACCCAGCACUAUAAUCGUCGUGAUGGACCCUAGCUCGUUUGAAGAUCGCGAGACUUUCGUCCCGUUUAGUUCCCUUGACGGCAAACUGCCAGCCGCUCAGCUUGAAGCAGCUACAGACGAUCCGUUUGUCGCCGCCACGCUGCUUCAGGUCGACAAGAUUGUCAACAGAGAUUACAAGGAGCUCAGAUUCCUGCCCCAACGCUAUCUCAAUCGAAUGAAAACGGAUGACAAGAAAGACAGUGUUGACUCUGUACUCGGAGUGGUCCAGGAGGGUCUGAAAGGCUACGACACAGAAGUGCACGAGCACAUCCAAGCCUGGAUAAUCCGAGCUGAGGAGAUUUUAAGCACUUCAAAAGAAGACGACCAGGAGCAGAUCAAGCACAAGCAGCUGUUGCAGCGCCUGGAACAGGUCAAGCUCAAAUUCGAUCGGGAUCCGAUCCCUGAAGGCGAGGUGGAGUUUGCGGAUCCACUUUUCGCGGCUGCACUCCUGUCCGACCAAUUUGAGCAGCAGUCUUGGUCGUACGAAGGCCCGUCUUCCUCCAGUGGUGGCGACAGCAGCCUCCACGGCAUUCGCGGCAAGCAGGAAGCUACCUCCUCUGGUGACGACAGCAGCCACCACGGCAAUCGCGGCAAGCAGGAAGCUGCCCCCUCGUCAAUGACUCUGUUGUUCAGCCCUCUUCGCCGAACGUCCAGCAGUUCACCAGACGUCCGCGAGCACGCAAAACACCAGCGCGCUCUCAAGCAGUUCCUCAAGCGGAUAUCCAGGAAAACGCAGGCGUCGCAGUGCACCCUACAUGAGCAACUCUUCCACAUAGAACUACAUAAGAAAGAGGAAGAGAGCUGGUUUAGUCGAUCGAGUCAACCCUCAUCCAAGAUGCUUCUCAAGUUUCUCUUCGCCUUUGUGCCCCUGUUCUGUGCGCAGGUCGUCAGCCAGCCGCACCCUGACCUUCCCACGAGGCAUCUCAUCAACUUCAACAAAGUUAGUCUUGGCAAUUUGGCCGCUCUCGACAUCAUGAUGAGGCAGCCGGGUAAGUAUGCUCACGCUCACGUCGUCUUUAACGGCGUCAAGGACUCCCAUCGUGCUGCCGGUCACUUUGAGAAUUGGAACAACAAGUUUCGGCGUGAUCGUUCAUUAUUCACGACGUACGGCGGCCGUGACCCUCCUGAAGAGGGUGAAUGGUACGAAUCUGAAUUCUUGGGCCAAGCUCGAGCCCCUGAUUUUGAGGGCCUUGAGAGAUUUCAGAUAAACGAAGGCAUCGUCAACGACAUACAUCAGGUGGCGCCCACAAGACCGGAACAGCAUAAAGCUCUGUGGGAGACAAUUUGCAAGGGAAAGGGAAAAAUUGGCUCCGUUUACGUGCAGCAAGACCACAAUUCGCAGAUAGAGGGUAAUCGUGUCCAAGCGGAGGAAUUACCAAAGCUGCUCAACGACAUUUACCGGGAAACAGAGGAAGGCGUCAUCUUCACGAGCUAUCAGUCGCUCGAUACAGGCGAGACCUAUGUUCCGCGUGAGCUUCUUAAGGACAGAUUCCCAUCUGCUCACCUCGACUUUGCGCAAAAGGAUCCAUUCAUUGCCAACACGCUCUUCGAGGUCAAAAGAAUCUUGGAAAAAGACCUCGUUCUCCCCCUCUUAAUUCCGCCAUAUUUUUUCAAUCGACUUUCGGCGAAAGCAAGGCUUGACAUGUUUUGCGAUCUUGUCCAAGAUGCCGUGGCAGGUUUUCAAAAGGGUCUUCGGCACCACCUUUCAUCCUGGGUUCAGAACGCCAAAGAGAAAGGGACGCUCCUCAUAGUGGAGAGCACGGAUGAGGAGAAACGUCUUCGCGUCACAACACAAGUCAACCGCCUAAAUAAGAUCAUGUCCAAGCUCAAGGGGGAACCAACCAUGAGUUAUGAGGUAGAAUUUGCCGAUGCCUUGUUCACCACUGCCCUUUUGUCGGACGGGUACAAACGCCGACCUGUUUGGUACGAAAAUGAUGACGCCAGUUCAUCUAGACACAGCAGCAGCACAAAAUCCCAAAGAUCUAAGCAGAAGCCUGCCUAUCCAACGAAGAUCGUGAGCACUUAUCGUCACCUCCCUCAUGAAGUACUCCUCGAGACGGCCCUCAAAUACUUUCCCAAGAAGGUGCGCUCAAAGCCUUCAUCUUCACGUUUGCAUUAA